AACUAUACUAAGUUCAUAGACAUACUACUGGAUUCUAACCACAGCUUUACAAAAAUGGGACGUUAAAUAAACAAAUAAUCUUGAUUUCAACAAACAUUACAUUGCAAUCUUUAAAUUAUCCGUAAAAAUGCAAUUUUCUAAAGAUGUGUGCCUCUGUCCUUCAAUAACUGAUUCGCUUUAUUCGCCAUCGUCUUCGUCACAUUCACUCGUCAAGGAUGCUUGUUCAAAAUAUUAUCAAGAGAUUGGAGCUGAGAUGAUUAGCAAUCAGUUGAUUAUUAGAUUGGAGAAAGAUAAAAACAAGAUUAAAAAGAAACGAAAACAUUGGGAUCCACCUUGCGACUGCGUCGAAAUUCAAAGACCGACGAGCAAAACAGGCCCCAAAAUAAUCAACGCAGAUUAUGACGAUCGCAUUGUAUUUCGCGUCCACUCGGCAUUCCGUCUCCACGGAAAGGAAGACCCUUACAAAUCGCAAACUAUCGCUUAUAAAAUUGGAUCAUGCAAUGGACAGGAUGGACAGGAUAAUCAUCAAUGCAAGACCAUCACUGUCUAUCCUCAAUUCAGCACUGGAACGCAGGAAGUGUACAGCGAUCAUGUAAGAGAAGGCGAUCAGGAUAUCUUUUUACUAAGGAUUAAAAAGAAAGCAGAAUACUCCGAACAGAAAAACAGAAACGUUGAACUGGAACUCAGAACGCCUAAACCACCCUCAAUACCGCCACCGCCACCGUCAUUGCCACCGCCAUCGCCACCUGUACCUACGUCUGCACCACCACAAACCGAUGUCGAUGUAGAUGUAGAAGAUGAAAAGGAAUUGGACGAGACAGAGGAAAAUGCAAAACCUACAAGUGUAAAAAAAAGAAAACACGUACGAAAGAAGAAAGGAAAAUAAUUUAGAAAAUCUAAAACCUACACAGUAAAGAAGAAAAAAUAUUUGUGACAUUGAAAGUAAACAAUUGGACAUAACUUUCUUUCGGGAAUUCGAUGAACAUAAAUAUAUCAUGAAUUUGUAUCGGUGGCUAUUGAUGACAUACGGAAGAAAAGGCUGGACUUCGUUUACUACUGUGCAGAAAAUUCAAUGAAAUACACGCUGUAUGCUGAAUACGAAACUCAGCUUGCGUCCAGCUUAUUCAUCGUUUCGACCGAGUAGCCGUGCAAAAUUGCUUCGUUAUGGUUAACUAGAUGAGCCUCUCGUUCUUGACUCGUUUCCUUUCCUCUUUUCCUUGAUUACCCAUACAAAGGACCUUAUGACAGUAAAUGACAUAGCAUGCCACUAGAAAUCGCAUUGUUGAAGCCUAUAUUAUCGUAAUUGCUUAUUAACUUCUUCUUCUUUGCUGAAUUGUAAGUAAACGAGCUACCUAUCGAAGACUUGACAAGGCUAACCGUGACAUAUGAAAUGUCGAAAACUUGUGUUUGCAUAUGUAAUCAUUUUUACACACUUUUUAUGCAAAUGUGUAAAAGCGCAUUGUAUUUUAUCUAUAUAUCCGUGAGACAAGGCA